AUGACAACAAGUGACUAUCCAGUACGAACAUCAGUUUUACUCGAUACGGUACAUGAGCAUGAUCAUGAACAUGAUAUGAAUCAUGAGAUGGAUCAUAACAGUUAUGUUCGACCAAUGAAUGAAAGUAAUCCAACAGUAACAACUGGUACCGAUCAAACGGAUUUGGAUCGUUCAAUGUCGCCCAAUAAAACUAAUUCGGAUGGAACAUCCAAACGAUCUCGUAUUCAAGCCGUAUUACUAACCCGUACUAUUGCAAAUGAUAAAAAGCCGAACACAACGUUAAGUAAUUCCGUUGGAGUAUUAUCAUGUCCAGCAAAUAGUACAUCAGGUCCAGGUGGAGGAACGAAUGGAACUAAUGAAAUCAGUGAACAUUCAAAUGUUGUCGCUGCUCUCGUUCAACAUACAAGCACAGCUAUGCCCGUGGCUUCCUUAGCAGUACCAACGAAUAAAUCGCAAGCAACAAAUGCCAGUUCUUCUUCGUCAUCGACAUCGUCAGCUGCUAAGCAAUUUCUUAUUCGUCGCGUACGUUCACGUUCCAAAUCAGAUCCUCAAUCCGUUCCUGAUAAAUCGCUCUUUUCGAGAUUUUUUCCGAAGAAAACAAAAAAACCUCUCCCGACAUUAUUGACUACAACAACGAAAUCCAUUGAAACUCAUUCCAAUUCAACCAAUUACAAGAAAAGGUCAAAUGUACAUAAUAACCUUUUAACUACAAAUUAUCCCAAUUCUAAUACGUAUGAAGAUGAUGACGAUGAUGAACUUGAUGAGCGAACCGCUUCUACGGGUUCACUGUCAGAUAGUGAACAGCGGAAUCACAAAGACGGAAGAAUAAACGGUGUACGAAGUUCCAAUACUACCCGCGGUGGAAGUCGAGUAAAUAGUGGGAGUGGAAAGAACACAAGUGCCGGUCCCAACGCCCUAGCAUUACCCACAUCCGAUUCUCAAUAUUAUGCGUCACUAUCAUCUGCUCCAACGGGGUUUUCAAUCUCAUAUCAUAAACGCAUGACAAAAGGCAACGAUGAUCUUCGAAUUCAAGCAGCACUUGGUCGUCUUCAACAACAAAGCAAACAAGGUACAGCAAGCGGAGGUACAAGUCAACUAUUGUCACUUUUUCAAGACCCGAAACGAAGUGGAGCUCAAAGUCCAAAUAACAUGAGUGGAACAACUCGUAUUAGUAAAACAUUUUCUGGCCAGACUAUAAUCACCAGAAAUAGUUCGUCAGAUCGACCAUCGACCUAUUGCAUACGUCCAACAUCAAGUUCGCCGACCAACGAUAUGGAUGAUACAUUUAUUAGUGACGAUGAAGUUUAUACCCAUUUUAUGAAAACUCAUACAUGUUAUGAUAUUAUGCCUAAAAGUUCUAAACUUGUCAUAUUUGAUACCCAAUUAGCGGUGAAAAAAGCAUUCUAUGCUCUUGUUUACAAUGGUGUACGUGCCGCUCCAUUAUGGGAUACGAAACGACAGAAGUUCACAGGAAUGUUAACAAUAACCGAUUUCAUUCUGAUACUGGAAAAGUAUUACAAAGAACCCAAUACCAAGAUCGAAGAAUUAGAAGAACACCGAAUCGAAACAUGGAGAGAAGUCUUACGAGAAUAUGAAAAGCCGUUAUUAUGUAUCAAACCAACCGAUAGUUUAUUCGAAGCGGUUCGUAUUCUGACAGAAAAUCAUGUUCAUCGUUUACCAAUUGUUGAUCCACUAACAAACAAUGUCGUCUUUAUUCUCACACACAAACGAGUGUUACGAUUCUUUUAUUUAUACAUCUAUGACUGGCCCCAACCGGCAUACAUGUCGAAAACGUUGGAAGAACUCAGUGUUGGAACUUACGAUAACAUGCAUAUCAUCGGGGAGGAUACAACAGUGAUUGAGGCACUUAAUUAUUUUGUCAAAUACCGUGUAUCAGCAUUACCGGUUGUCGAUGCUCAGAGGAAAUUAGUGAAUAUUUAUUCGAAAUUUGAUGUCAUUGGCUUAGCAGCUGAUAAAACCUAUACAAAUCUAAAUAUGACAAUAAGUGAAGCCUUAUCUUUUCGUAAAGAACGUUCGGAAAACGUGGCCAAAUGUUACAAAAAUGAAUCGCUGUCCACUUGCAUGGAACGGAUCGUUAAAGCUGAAGUCCAUCGUUUAGUUGUUGUCGAUCAAGAUGAACAUGUCAUUGGCGUCCUUUCGUUAUCUGAUCUUCUCCAUUAUAUUGUAAUCCGACCGACAAAAAUAUCACGUUCAGGUACAAUAACAACAACAUCAAUGCAAAUGCUUGUUCCCACGAUAAGUGUCUCAAAUGAAGAUGGUCCAGUAGAAGAUGAGGCAAUAGACAAGAUUGAUUAA